AUGUUGAGUGUUUUGAAGACAUCAAGGUCAAGAGAUGGAAGCGGUAUCUUGAAGAAUAAGAAUGACAAGACCACAGAUUAUGUCAUAAAGAGAAAUGUUAAGACGUGUGUCAUUUGCGCCCGGCGCUGCUCCUGCUCCUCGCUGCUGGACGAGGAGUGCGUCUACUUCUGCCACCUCGACAUCAUCUGGAUCAACACCCCCGAGAAGACAGUUCCGUAUGGUCUCGGAGGCCCUUCUCGAUCCAGAAGAUCGCUGAAGGACAUGGUGCCAGAGAUCCUCGCUGAACCUGGCAGCAGAUGCCGAUGUGCCAACCAGAAGGACAAGAAAUGUCUGAACUUCUGCCAGACAGGAAAAGAUCUCUGGGCUCAGUCCACAGUGGAGAAAACCUCGCGUCACCAUGACAAAGCUGGCAGUUGCAUUGGACCCAAAUGCAUGAACCGACAGCUUGUUGACAGCAAGAAAAUGAAGCGGCUGGAAGCCAUUGGUAACAGUAUCAAAGCUUCCUUCAGUAUUGCAAAGCUGAAGGCUGAGCUCCAGAAAGGACGGAAGCUGAAACAUAACAGGGCGAACAAAAGGCAAAGUGUCUGGGAAAGUCUGAAAGCAUCCUAGUGGGAAGAUCACCUGAGUCUUUCU